AUGGCACAACACUUCCGAAUGCGGGAUCAAAAUUUCAGAAGUGUCCUGAACCGCUCAUCAACCAUCUCCGAUGCUGCAUUGGCCUGGCUUGUCCAAUUGGACGCGAAUUAUGACCCGGAUCUUCCACCUUUCCUACCGGAAAGCAUCCACGACCUGCGGAAACUGUCCAGUGGGACAACAUCGGGAUCCGAUUCAAUACCGACGGAAGUCUAUGAGCACAGUGUCCGUCGGCUGAUGGCGGAAAUUACAGCGAACUUCCAGGAAAUGUGCCGCAAUGGUCUACCUCUACACGUGGAAAAGGAACCGGCAACCCUAUGCUAA